AUGAACAAAUAUAUUUUUAUUUGUACUUUGCUAAAUAUUUCGUUUUGCUUUUCGGCUUUGGCUUUACCUGAAGGAAGCAUAGAUAAUGAAAAGGUAUCAGUCUCUGAAUUUGUUGAAAACAACAAUAAUAAUGAGCCUCUAACAAGAGUUAAACGGAGGUAUGAUGACCGCUAUUGGACUCCCAGACAAGUUGUUGAAGCGAUUCUUUGUGUUUUUCUGCCCCCUGUAGCAGUUUUACUGCAUGGCGGCCCGGACAUGUUACUUCAUUUAAUCAUUAACAUUGUGCUUUGGAUUUGUGGUUGGAUUCCGGGUGCUAUCCAUGCAUUCUGGUACUGCUUCUAUCGUUAUUAAUCCAAGAAAACUGCGACUUUCGUUUAAACUUUCAAAAAAAUAUUUUUAAUUGCUUAUUGCAAUUGUUUGUUGUGAUUCUAUUGUACAAUUAUACAAUUUAUUUUAAUACAUAUUUUCAUCUGAAAAGGACAAAUCUUUAUUAUACGUUCUGGGGUGCACCUCAAUUUAGCCCCGACUCGUUGGAGCCCCGUCACCCCAACUUAUGUAGGGUGAAUAAUUUAUAAUAUUCUUGGCUACCACUGGGUAGAAAAUAAAAUACAUUACACGAUAACAAAAGAAUUCUUGACUGAUCGACAAAAAGGUUGAGAUCGAUAAAGUCUCGGAAAAUCACAUUUUUAAAGAUCACUUUUAUAAGAAUACUUUUGAUUUGAAAAUGAUUAAAAUUCGAUAAUUGGUAUAAUUGUACAAAAUCUAAUCUUACUACAAAUUGCACUUUUUUACAUUUUAUUGAACAUUUUUAUUAAUUAUUCUAAUUUACUUGCAAUAAAUACACAAAAUUUUUAUUUAAUUUCUUUUUUAACGAUUCUCUACAUAGCCUCCUUAGUGCCACCAUCUUCGUUCCUUCGGAAAUUGUGAACUUGAAGAACUUCAGUCAGGAAAUGACGGAAAUCAACUAUAUAAU